AUGAAAUCUGUAGGCGGCACGCUUCGUAAAAAGGGCUUGGGAGGAGCUGAGCAUUUCAUGAAGAAGGAUAAGCAUAAACAACACUCCAACGCCUCGUCAGCGUCUUCACCUACAGCAUCGUCUAUCAGUUCACCAAAAUCAAUUGCGUCUCCACAUGUUCCCAAGAGUUUAGCACCAUCAUCAGUAGCAGGAGGAGGGAUAGCACCAGCAACCAGCUCCAUCAAAGUAGCUCCUUCAGCGCCGAUUACAGUGGAUUUACAUCGAUUUGCAGACGACAAUUUACAGCCUGAAGAGUUUGUACGUAGAACAUUGGGCGAUACAAAUGAAGAAGGGAUUCGAGGAUUCUACAAGUCUUUAUUGGAUGCCAAGCAUGUAGUGGGUGGUGAUUUACAGCGAAAUGUGUAUCGAAAUUACGCAGAAUUUGUAUCCAUUUCCAAGGAGAUUUCUAAUUUGGAUGCAGACGUGUUGAGUGUCAAAGAGUAUCUGAAUGAACUCAAAUCGAUUUGGGAGAGCUUCUUGGCUGCGACCAACUCGUCUGAUAUCAGCAAAGUGCCAGGAUCAGUGGAAUCCAUCUUUGCAUCAUCCGCUAAUGGGAGAAAGAAAAGCGAUUUAAUGGCAAACGAUCAAACCAGUAUUUAUAGAGCGCAAAUCAUGGCAUUGUGGGAUAAUGUAGAGGGAUCACAGCGAUUUAUACCUCAUGCACAAAAUAAGCACAUUGUGCGAGAAUGUGUCAACUUUUACGAAAUCAACCCCAAGACACUCCAACCUCGACAAGCUGUGCAUUUGUUCCUGUUGAGCGAUUGUUUACUAUUGGCACGUAGAAGAGGAAAUAGACUUGUCGCAGAUCAUUGCUGGGGUAUCGAAGAUUUAACCAUCGUUGAUGUAAAGGAUUCAUCAGACUUGACCAAUGCCUUGAGAAUUGUUGUAUACCCAGAGACAUUCAUCUAUCGCUCAGAGAGGCCUGAAGACAAGUUGGGUCUUUUGAACGCUUACAAAAGAUUAAUAGAUGACAAUGAUGAUAAACAACUGGAUGUACCGCAAUCAGCUGAUAUUAGAAAGCCUCGAGAUUCGAAUCAUCUUCAUCCGGAUAAAGAGAAAUGGCUUGUCGAUUUACCAGAUCAUUUAGAAGUAUCCAUUGCGCUUCGAGAGUUUGAAAAGAGCGUUGUCUACUUGGAAAAGGCUCGCCAUAUUGUCAUGUCUUCGUCCAGUUCAUUGCCUAUCGUGAGAGAAGCAAGAGAUCAUAUCAAUCACUACACGGAUGCAUUGAGUCAGAUCAUCAGCAGAGACCUGAGCAACACAUUGCUGACGAAGAUCCAGUUUCAACGCUAUGUCAAUUGGCUGUUGAGGUUGGACAAGAGCGAAAAGGCAAGACAGGUAUUCCUGGGUACACGCACACUGAUCAUCAAGAAGAGAAUCAGGCAGCUGGUAUUUGAAGGCGAUAUUACCACUUACAUCAGCGAGCUUGCGCUUGUUGUAUUUACACUGAUUCGAAACACUUGUGAAUGGUACCGAGAUUCGUUCAAGCAGAAUGAAAUGGCGUCUGGAUUCGUGACAUGGGUGCGUGAACAAACUGAAGUGUACGCAGACAUCUACAAACGACAGGUAUUUGGACAGAGCCAAUUGAGCUGUCAAGUGAUUGCAGACUGCUUCAAGUCGACAUUGGAGCAAUGUUCAGUGCUUCGAAAAGUAGGCCUGGAUCUCAAGUUUCUAUUGGAAGACUUAUUUUUGGAAAACGUAAAAGAAACUGUUAUAUCAUACGAAAGAAGGAACAUGGAAAAGAUCGGAAAGAUUGUGGUCAAUGACAACUUCAACGUUGUCUCUGGACAAGGUUUAGGGAAUGAUGUCAAGGUAACUUCCAGCGUUGUCAGCUUCUACAAUUUGCUGGUCAAGUUUUCCAACGACAUUUGCCUAUUGUCCAAGCUGCAAAUGUACUCGACAGUGAUAGAUAGUGUUUGCCACCUCACAGAGCACUAUUUGAGAUCCAUGAUUGCUGAAUCUCGCAAGAAAGAUUUAUCCAAAGAGCAGAGAACCAUUGCUUCCAUGAACGUAUCAUUUAUAUUGGACAAUGUUGUACCAAGAGUGUCGUCUCAAUUGAAUUAUCACUUCAACAGACCUAUACCAGAGCUGGACACAUUGCGAGCUCGACUUCGAGAACUGACUUAUAUCAACUAA